CGAGCGCCUGAGGCCGUUCCGCUCCUCUGCGCCGCUCAACACCACCGAGCUCUAAAUGUCCGCGAACAGCGGCGCUUUCUGCCCUUAAACCGGGAGAUAUCCGCGGUUCCUGCGUGAGGAGGGACGUUUGCGGGGUGAGAGAGCGGCGACCGGUUGGAGCUGCGAGGUCUGGAUUUAAAACGUUGAAGAAUUCUGUUCUGCUCCCAUGGAUAGCGAGGGUGUGAGCAAAUGAUCCACUCUUGAUCUCAUGGCUUCCCUCUUGCCCUGACGUCUUGGUUUAACCAGGAUCCAAAAUGAGCAUAAGCAGCGAUGAAGUCAACUUCCUGGUGUACAGAUACCUGCAGGAGUCGGGCUUCUCCCACUCGGCCUUCACGUUUGGCAUAGAGAGCCACAUCAGCCAGUCGAACAUCAACGGAGCGCUGGUGCCGCCCGCUGCCCUCAUCUCCAUCAUCCAGAAAGGCCUGCAGUAUGUGGAGGCUGAGGUUAGCAUCAACGAGGACGGCACGCUGUUCGACGGGCGGCCAAUUGAGUCGCUGUCUCUGAUUGACGCGGUGAUGCCGGACGUGGUGCAGACCCGGCAGCAAGUGUACCGGGACAAGCUCGCUCAGCAGCAGGCCGCUUCGGCCUCCAGCACCUCCGGCACUGCUGGGGCCAAAAACGGCGAGAAUGCUGCAAACGGAGAGGAGAACGGAGCACACAACUUACCCAAUCAUCACUCUGACAUGAUGGAGGUCGACCGGGCGGUGGAGAUCCCGGCCAGUAAAGCCAUGGUGUUGCGAGGUCACGAGUCUGAGGUGUUCAUCUGUGCCUGGAACCCUGUCAGCGACCUUCUCGCCUCCGGGUCCGGAGACUCGACGGCGCGGAUCUGGAACCUGAGUGAGAGCAGCUCAGGCGGAUCCACACAGCUGGUGCUACGCCACUGCAUCCGAGAGGGAGGCCAGGAUGUGCCCAGCAACAAAGACGUCACCUCACUGGACUGGAAUAGUGAAGGUACACUUCUAGCCACGGGCUCCUAUGAUGGCUUUGCCAGAAUAUGGACUAAAGAUGGAAACCUUGCCAGUACAUUGGGGCAACACAAGGGUCCCAUAUUUGCUCUCAAGUGGAACAAGAAAGGCAACUUUAUCCUUAGUGCUGGUGUUGAUAAGACCACAAUCAUUUGGGAUGCACACACGGGAGAAGCCAAACAGCAGUUUCCAUUCCAUUCAGCUCCCGCUCUGGACGUGGACUGGCAGAGCAAUAACACGUUCGCCUCCUGCAGCACAGACAUGUGCAUCCAUGUUUGCAAGCUGGGCCAGGACAGACCAGUCAAGACAUUCCAGGGCCACACGAAUGAAGUGAAUGCAAUCAAGUGGGAUCCGACCGGCAGCCUUCUGGCCUCCUGCUCCGAUGACAUGACGCUAAAGCUUUGGAGUAUGAAGCAGGACACGUGUGUUCACGACUUGCAAGCCCACAGUAAAGAGAUUUACACCAUUAAAUGGAGCCCCACUGGACCGGGAACCAACAACCCCAACGCCAAUCUUAUGCUGGCCAGUGCGUCGUUUGACUCGACGGUGCGACUGUGGGAUGCUGAACGUGGCGCGUGCAUCCAUACGCUCACCCGGCACCAGGAGCCCGUUUACAGCGUGGCCUUCAGCCCUGACGGGCGGCAUCUGGCCAGUGGCUCCUUCGACAAAUGUGUCCACAUCUGGAACACACAGAGCGGUGCUCUAGUGAACAGCUACCGGGGGACGGGGGGCAUUUUCGAAGUGUGCUGGAACUCCACCGGAGACAAAGUGGGAGCAAGCGCGUCGGACGGAUCAGUUUGUGUAUUAGACCUGCGGAAAUGAUGCUGCCAACCGGGGAAGCCAUGGACCGACUAUGAAUGUGUACAUAGCCAAAUUCACUGACUGUCCCUGGCCCUGGGUCUGCUGAUCUGAGCUCUGGACCCAAGAGAGCCCUUUCAGAGAGGACACACUGUUCCACGCAUACACACACACACAGGUGUGAUAAAGGACUGUUAUUUUCCCACACAGGACCCAUGACCAAUAAAUCACCAGUGUACAUCUGUUA